UUCUUCUUCAGCAGCAGGUUCCUUCACUUCCACAACAGCCUAUAUGCCCAAGGUUGCUUAGUUUGCUAGCCCGUUUGGAAAAAUGGUUGUUAUUAUUUUUGCUCAGAAAUAAGUGUAAUUUUUUAGUUGUAAAAAGUAUUGUGAUCCGUGACAUCAAGUUUUUCGAGAGGAGAAAGUAAAAAGAAAGCGCUUAAGAUAUAGUACGUGUGCGUAUAUGGAGGAUUAGCCAAGUUGGGCCAAUUAGACGAGAAGGUGAUCAUGGGGAUGCGUGAUUUUGGUUAAAAUGGACAAGUGACGAGAUGCAGACUUUCUCCGUGGUCAUCGUCGCGUUGCUAUCGUGGCUGGUCGGGGCCGAUGUGGACCUCUGUCACCCACGAUGCGACUGUCUCGACACGACCUUUUACUGCAGGCGACGAAGCCUUCAGCACUUUCCCCACGAUUUUCCGAACUGGAUGCAGAAUUUAAAUAUAAGUGACAAUAGUAUUGGGAACAUUGAUGGAGAGGAUCUCGUCAAAUUGACUGGGCUUCAAAUACUUGCUGCUGAUGGAAAUAAUUUGACCGAUAUUCCUCGUCCUCCUUGGAACAUGGAACAAUUAAGGGAACUUAGUUUGUCAAGAAAUGCAUUGUCAACUUUAGACCGAGGUGCUCUUGCCCGUUUCACAGCUCUACAGGAAUUAGACGUAAGUCGAAACCAGAUAAGUGUCCUGUCAAACUCGUCAUCAUUCCCAACGUCGGAUUCUGUCCUUCGAACGCUAAACUUGGGACACAAUCAGAUAGAAAACCUUGACGAUGGGUGCUUUCAUGACUUUGUGAAUUUGAUUGAACUAAUUCUAACCCGAAACCGAAUACGAUCUCUCCCAAAAGACUUGUUUUCAAAAAAUAUUAAACUCGAAAAGCUAGACCUUAGUCGAAACAAAUUGGAAGUGUUGGAUUCCCUCAGAUUUCAAGAACUUAAUAGUUUGCAAGUUUUAAACCUGAGGCGAAACGGGAUACGAAAUUUAUCCGAUGCUGCUUUUUACGGCUUGGACAGACUUCAGCAUUUAUAUUUGGAUGGAAAUCGAAUUCAAGUAGUCGAGCGACGCUGGUUAUACGGCCUGAGAUCAUUGCGAACGAUGAACCUUAGUGUAAAUAAUAUAGAAAAAAUUGAGGACAAUUCCUGGGACGGGAUGGAGGAACUUCACUGGCUGGAUUUAAGCUUUAAUAAAUUAUCCUCGUUGAAAAAAGUCAGUCUUGUCGGCCUACAUGGACUUCGGCUCCUUGAUUUAAGUAAUAACAAGUUGUCAACGCUUGGAAUGGAGACUUUUCUUUCGUUGCGGAAUCUCGAAAAUUUAGACUUGAGCGAAAAUGAGCUGUCUUGGCCAAUCGAGGACACACCAGCUCCUUUCAAAGGACUAGUCGACUGCAAAAGUCUCAAUCUUGCUGGAAAUCGUCUCCAGACCCUUCACUCCGAAGCACUCAAAGGUCUCGUCUCUCUCGAAGUGUUGAACAUUAGUUCCAACCCGAUCAAAUGGCUUCAACCAGACACAUUUGUAAAGUUCCCUUCCCUCAACAUCUAUAUCCACAAUGUGACCACUUUCAUUUGUGACUGUCACGCCACAUGGUUGCAUUCGCGUCUCCGAAAGUUUCAGCAGCUAGCUCCCAAGUCGACUUGGAACACGCAUAAUAAACAUGGUCGAAACAGACACCGGGACACGGACCAAUUAUCAAAUAUUUUAAACAAUAAGCAGAGUGAAACCAAAAAUUCGCCGCAAUGCAAUUAUCCGCUUGCGACAGGGGACAAUAAAUUUUUGACGGAUUUGCUUUUGCAGAAUCUCACAUGCUCGGAAAAAUCCACCCGACCCAAAGUCAUUCGUCAGCCGGUGACUCAAACAUUCCUGAAGGAGGGCAACGGUUCUUUGCUGUGUCUCUCAGAAUCACAUUCCACUGCACCGACAACCAUCCAUUGGCUGAAAGAUCAUCAGAAGAUUCCUGUUAACUUGGCUACAGCCAUGAAGAACUUUGACCGGGUCGAGUCCAACGGGUUUCAGUUGAUCAAUUCCUCACUCGAUUUCUUCAACGUGAGUUGGUCAGACGCUGGACGUUAUCAAUGUGUAGCAGAAAACAUGUUUGGUGUUACAUACUCGACAAAGGCAAACAUCACUGUGCAUAUUUUCCCAACUUUCGUAAAACGACCCUCCAACGUCACUGUUCGAUUAGCAAGCAACGCCAAGUUAGAAUGUGCCGCGAAAGGUUUUCCUAUUCCUGAAAUCGCCUUUCAGAAAGACGGGGGUGAAAAUUUCCCUGCGGCGUUGGAUCGUCGAUUCCACGUCAUGCCGAGCGACGACUCCUUCAUGAUUUUAGACGUCCAACUGAUCGACAUGGGAAGCUAUUGUUGUUCUGCAAAAAACUCUGCCGGAGAAAUCAAGGAAUGUGCCAGUGUCACUGUAUACGAAACACCUAGCUUUAGCAUUAGCAUGAAAAACGAGCGUGUCGUGCAAGGGAGCAGCACAGUUCUAGAGUGCAUUGCGAAUGGGUCACCUCGACCGCAGAUUGUCUGGAGCAAAGACAACGUCAUAAUUCACAUUGGGGAUGACAACUCUCGGAUUAGAUUGAAGGAAGAUGGUUCCCUCCUGGUCAUAAAGGACGUUCGGCUGUCUGACGGGGGUCGGUACGAGUGCAUCCUGAGUAACGCGGUGGGAACGGCGAGGGACUUUUUGAUCAUGACCGUAAUUCCGACCGGCGGUUCGGAGAUGGUGCACUGGAGUUCGCCCGUGAUGAUCAUUGCUCUAGCAAUUGUUGCAAUUUGCUGCGUAAUUACGGCAAUUUUUGUUGGAUUUGUAGUCAUUUUCCGCGACAAAAGGGAACGAGUUUCAACAAGGGCGCCAGAAAUUACCAUCAGUAACAGCAAUAAUACCAAUGCUCUUUUUGAUGACGUCAACGAUAAUCGUGGGGGAAUGGAGCAUCCCUUUAUGCAACAAUUGUCCCGCAUCACUUUCCCAGAUUCGAGUAAUCAUUCUUACAGUGGGAAGGAUAGUGGGACUGGUGACGACAUUCCAUUGGAGGCAGAAUCCAUCGGACAUUACCCAGAGCAAGAGUCAUUAAUGGGACAAUCCAUCCGAGGCGAAUAUUUUUCCACAUUUUACGGCCAUCAGAAGCAUCACUAUCCCAGCAAUAGCAACGGAUCGUUGGGAGGAGGAAGUGGGGUCAGUUCGCGGGGGCGUGGUUCUCUAUCAUUGCUGCGAAAAGUGGCAAUUCCAGUUCCACCUGUACUCAUUUCAUGCGAUGAAAUCCCACCCCUUCAAUCAGCUAUAAAUGUCCUCUCUGAACCUGAAAACAACCGCACGUGUGUCAGCGUUUGUAGUAGCAACGAUGCUCAAAGGCAAUCUGAUGAGGAUAACUCAUCUUUAACCACCAGCCUAAACUCACGCACGGAGGACUCGGCACUUCCUCUCACUCAGAACAAAGAAAUUCUCGACGAGGACAAGUUUGACGUUGUCAAAUCCGUCGAAUUUGUAGAACCUCAAAUAAUCAAAUCUGUGACGACAGCCGUUUAGAAUCUCGCCACGACUACUCUACUCGUCCGAAUCAGUAUUAACUGUGAUAGUUGAAUAUACUUAUUAUCAAAUCCAACCCAGUGACAUAACGCCAACAUUAUCAAUCAUUAUACAUUAUUUAAUACAAUCAGUUUUAGCCAUAUGUAGAAAAGUUUAGCUUUAGUGGAAACGAAGGAUUUCAAGUAUUAAAAAUAAUCACUGCCCUGUGUGAUCUCCGUUUCGUGAGACUGAAAAAAUAUAUAGUUGUGACCAUCUACAUUUACAUUCUUAUCUAAUUGUGACUUUGUUUGUAUAUUAUUUUGUACAUAAAUUCUUAGAAAAAUGCUGAAACGAAAGUAUGAAAUAGAUAUCUUAGUACAAACAAUAUGUGUAGUAUUUUCUAAACCGUGGCCAAAUAAAGGAACUGAACUAGUAGAUAUAAAA